AUGAAUGAUGGAGUGCUCUACCGCUACUCCCCGGAUGAGGAGGUGGUGCCGCAGUCAAGAGUUGCCGAGAUAUUGAGAGAGUUUCAUGACUCGCCCAUGGCGGGCCACCCAGGUGUAGAGACGACGCUCGCGAAGAUGUCGCCGAGCAACCUGAAACCUACAGGUUUGCUGAAAACGCCGGUCAUGGGCCAGUGCUUCGAGGUUCUGGCGAUGGAAUUCUUCGGACCGCUGCCACCCACCGACCAGGGGGAGAGAUGGGUGUUCGCAAUCGAAGACACCGCCACCAGGUGGAUCGAACUUUUCGCGCUGAAGAAAGCAACUGCCGAAGCAUGUGCGAAAUGCUUGGUGGAUGAGGUAAUCUUGCGAUAUGGCACGCCGCGGAGCCACAAUGGUCCGCAGUUUGUGAGCGACAUCUUGCAAAAGAUGUCGUACUGCCUCGGGUUCAAGCAGAACCUGACCCCUGUGUAUCACCCGUCGUCCAACCCGGAGGAAAGAAGAAACCGCGAUUUGAAGACACAGCUGGCGAUAAUCGUGGAAAAAGAGCAUACAAACCCCGCGUACUUGUGCUUUGGUCGCGAAUUAAGGACACCCCUGGAGGUGUACGAUGACCUGCGUGCGGUGGUGGCGAGUGAGAACUUUGUCGCGGAAAUAACUCCGUAUUUGCAGACAAUUUCCGAAACACUAAAGUGCGCGCGCGAAACCUCCGAAAGGAACCAGGACCGCGCCAAACUUUACGCGGACCCAAAACGCCGGCCCGGUCCCACUUACAAGAAGGGCGACCGUGUGCUCGUCGAUGCACAUGCCCUGAGCAAGCCCGACAGCCGCUAUAGCAGCAAAUUCGCCCCGAGACGUGAUGGUCCGUACGUGAUCAUCGAGGAGGUAUCCCCGGUCAUCUACGUCGUGGCCUCACCCAACAAACUGGACGAACCCCUGGGGAAGUAUCCCACUUCAGCCCUGCGCCCCUUCGAAGAAGGUGCCCGUGAGUCAGUUACGCCGCUGGUGCCCCUCAGAAGACGUGGACGUCCAAGGAAGAGCACUGAGGAAGAACCUGAGGAGGUCCUGUCCCCGGAGUCGCCACAGAAUCCGAUAGAGCCUACGCCUUCCCAGCCUGGAACGCACCGCCGCCGUCGGGGUUUUGGAUUCCUCCUGGGGGCAGUGAGCGGAAUCCAAAGGGGGAGUGUAACGCGAGGCCGCUAG